GGAGGAAGUGCCCUCUUGGCCGCUGCUGGAGCCGCGCCGCAGGGGCCGCUGGAGCUGCGCUGCUGGGGCAGCGAUGUCGUCCCGGCCGGGGCGCGACGACUCGGGAGCUGGGGGCGCGCGGCGGCCGCGGGAGCCGCCCGAGCAGGAGCAGCAGCGGCGCCGCGAGCAGAAGCGGCGGAGGCACGAUGCGCAACAGCUGCAGCAGCUCAAGCACCUGGAGUCCUUUUAUGAAAAACCUCCUCCUGGGCUUAUCAAGGAAGAUGAGACGAAGCCAGAAGACUGUAUACCAGAUGUACCAGGCAAUGAACAUGCCAGGGAAUUUCUGGCUCACGCGCCAACUAAAGGACUUUGGAUGCCACUGGGGAAAGAAGUCAAAGUUAUGCAGUGUUGGCGUUGUAAACGGUAUGGUCACCGAACGGGCGACAAAGAAUGUCCUUUCUUUAUCAAAGGCAACCAAAAAUUAGAACAGUUCAGAGUAGCACAUGAAGAUCCCAUGUAUGACAUCAUACGAGACAAUAAAAGACACGAAAAGGAUGUAAGGAUACAGCAGUUAAAACAGUUACUGGAGGAUUCCACCUCAGAUGAAGAUGGGAGCAGCUCCAGUUCCUCAGAAUGUAAAGAGAAACACAAGAAAAAGAAGAAGAAAGAAAAGCAUAAGAAAAGGAAGAAAGAAAAGAGAAAGAAGAAAAAACGGAAGCACAAGUCUUCCAAGUCCAAUGAGAGUUCUGACUCAGAGUGACAAGGACUUGACUUGUUCAGCAUUCUCUUCUCGAAAAUCAAACACUGUGGCCAAAGAACAGAGGAAGGUGCAAGGGAGAGAGUAGGAGGAUGGAGACGCCGAGAGAGGAGGACGUGUGGUGUCACAGCUGCGAAUCCCACCCACCUGCCGUGAAAACGUGACCCUCAGGAGAGGGAGUUGUCUCUUUCCGGGACUGAGCUCUGGAUAGCAGCUGACUUCAGGCCGGAAAGCUUAUUCAGUGUCCGCCUCCCUGCCGGUCACGUGAGUUUCUGAUUCCUUUGAAAUGCCUCCUGCAGGGGGCAGGCCCAAGGGAAUCUCUGAGGAAGGUCUUCCAGGCACUGCCACAGCUUGUGCCCUGCACGGUGGGGCAACUCGAUUUCCAUCGACUUCAGAGUGGAGUCUCUGUUGUUGAGGAGAAUAAAAGCUCAUUAUUUAUUUUUUAAA